AUGUGGGACAAAGGUCGGAGGGUACAAGCAGGUCUCAUUGUGUCAAAGCCAGACCUGGUCUCCUUUUUGGAGCAAAAGAAGGAGCCUUGGGAUGUGAAGAGAAAGAAGACAGUAGCCAUCCACCGAGCCAUAUCUUCACAUGACAUCCAGAGCUUCAUGCCAAAGCCGAGCAUAGAAGCUUCUUUCCAAAAAGUGUCAAUGGGUAGACACAAAAAUAGUGACAUUGAGGAUUUACACUUAAUGAUAGACCGGGACAAUGAUGGGAAGAGUGAAGGGUAUCAAAGAUAUCAUGAAGGACAUAUCCAGACUCAGACAACUGCCCAUAAUAAGAAUCUCACUGUCCAAAAUGGUGAACGAUAUAAAACAUUUUGGAAAACCUCCCCUUUUAAGUCAGCUGUUUCCAAAAACCAGUGUGAUUCUGCAAGUGAAAUCUCAAAUCAAAUAUUCAAACAUACAUAUUUAGGGAAAGACAGUUUGGAAAAUCUGGAAAGUUACCUAGUCCAUGCUGAGAGUAAUUAUUUGAACCAUUCUGACAAAAGGAUUGGUUUGACUGUUCAGUCAAAUGUUUCUGAAAAUCAGAAAUUUAAAAACGAAGAACCAAGUGCUAAGUGGGAUCCAUUUGAGAGGUCCUUCACCGAGGAGUCGACCCUACAGAAUUACCAGAGCAUUUUCAAUGGAGACAGAAUUGCUCAAUCCAUUGAAUCUGAGGAAACAUUUAAGCAGAGCUCAAAUGAUGAUAAACAUCUGAGGACUCAUUUUCCAGGAAACCAUUAUGAAUGUAAUAAGUGUGGGGAAGUCUUUUAUCAAAACUCUAACCUUAUUAUACAUAAGAGUAUGAAUAUGGGAGAGAAUCCGUAUAAUAAAUAUGUGAAUACUCUUACCCAGUCCUCCAGUGUUGGUGACCAUCAGAGAAUUCAUGUGGGAAAAAACCCAUUUGGAUGUGAAAAACCUGGGAACAUGUUAAGUCAGUCAUCAGGACUAAAUACACCUAAGACCAUCCAUACUGGAGAGAAAAGUUACAUUUUUAAGGAAUGUGGCAAAGACUUUGACUGGCACUCAGCACUACCUCAACAUCAGGGGAUGCAUACUGGAGAGAAACCGUACGGAUGUGAAGAAUGUGGUAAAACCUUUAAGAUCUGGAAGCACAUUCAGCAGUUUGGAGACCAUCUUGGAGAUGUUGCUCCACCGCCUUCUCUGUGGUGGCUUUCCUGA